AAAGAAAAGAAAAAAAACACAAGAAAUAGAGGAAGGAGGAGAGGAAAUGAGCGGUUGUCCAAUCAAGUAAAAAGAAGCUGGCAGCGGGUCAACAAAAAGGAUUAUGACAAGGGAAGAGGGAUAGCUGGAAGGAGCACAUGGCUUGGCUGCAACCAACGAAAAAGAUAAGAUAUGCAGCGGACAACCACAACAAAAAAUCACUCUUCAGUUGCGGGUAGCAGGCCGCAAGGAAGCUUAGCGGCAAGAACCGGGGGAAAGAAAAUUGCCGACGGUCUAGGAGAAAGAAGAAUGUAACGACAGCUGAUCUAUGUUCAUCAUGUAUUACUUUUAAGGUUUUGUGUUAAUUUCUUCCUUCGAUUCACGGUUAAACAAGCUCUCUAUUUUUAUAAUUGGAUUAUUUUUAAAUUCGAAUUCGUUUCAGUUGUUCUUGAAUUGCUAUUAUUUCGAACUUGUAAUUGAAUUAUCUCCAUGUAUUACUUUAGCUCCUCCGUUAAUGGUAGUUUGAUAAUUAUGUUAGGCUAAACCUCCAUGGGGUUUGGAUUUGGAUAGAAUUUAGGUUAAUGGGUGUUCUUGAAUAUCGAGUUGAAUUUGGGAAAAUUCUCUAAUUUUUAGGAUUAGUUGUUUGAGAUAAAUUUAAAUGAGUAAUUUGUGAAAUUGAUCACUUCACUUGUGAAUGUUUGGAAAAUUAAUUCUUGCUUGUCUAUGAGUGUAGAAUUAAUUUAGCUCACAUCUCACACACCUCACACUAAGCCUAAAAAUAGGACAUGUUAGGGAAUUAAAAUUAAAUUCUUGUCUAUGAGAAUUAAUGUUAUUCUUAGAUUGGAGAAAAUACCCAAAUUUAUUUAUAAUCAAAGACACCCAAGAUCCUUAAUUCCAAAUCUAAACCCCACUUUUAAUCAGUUAAUUUAUUGCUACUAGUCACAUUAAAUUUACCUUUUAGUAUUUUAUUUUUGAAACUUUACUCAUCCACGUGCUUGCUAGUUUAAUAUUUUAAUCAUUUUUUUUCUCUCUCAAGUUAUUUUGCAUGUUCACUAGUUUUAGUUUACUCAUUAAUGUCAUUUAAUUAAAUUCUCCGUUAGUACUUUUGUUGUUUAAUUUUAUUUGUUUAAUCAUUAUCACAAAUAAUCGUUUGAGAAAGCUUGCAAUGACUUGUACUAACCUGUGACCGAUAUUGAAACCAACACUUCCCUCCGCCAUUCCUCAGAGACACGAUACUCGGGGGAAAACCGAAAGAUUAGACUCCGUUUUACUACAACGCCGCGUAAGCGGUAAUCAAGAGGGGAGAAGCUGGUGUGGAAAACCAAGGUGCAAAUGUGAAGAAAAGUCGAAAAAGAAAAAUUACGUUGAUGAAAGAGGGACUGUCAUCACUUCAAUGUAGGUCAUACGUAAUGUCAUCGUGAGAGCAAUGAUACAAUUUACUGAGCAACAAAAGAAUGAAGUUGAAAAGUUUGGGUUUGGAAGCUUGUUAAGUUUGAAUAUACCUGAGAUGCCGUCCAAGCUGGCCUAUUGGGUGGUGAGAUCUUUUGACCCGAAGAACUGCAAGUUGACAGGAUGCGAUGACAUUUUACAGGUGAAGGGGGAGGAUGUGCAGCUGGUUCUCGGGUUUCCCAGAGGUAGUAAAUCAAUUGUGAAGAAGAAUAUGUUAGCAAAGUGUGCAGUGUUACACGAGUGGAGAGCGUUGUUUCCGAAGAAUGAGAAUCAAAUUACUCCUACGGAAGUCUGCAAAGCAAUGUUAGAGUGCACUCAAGGUGGGAUUUGGUUCAUAAGACAUUUUUUAUUGCUCCUCAUAUCUGUGGUAAUAGAUAGCUAUCAGAAUGGCUAUGUGAACCACCAAAUUUUAAACAAUUUGGAGACUAUUGAAGGAAUUAAGGAAUUGAACUGGUGCGAAUAUGUGAUGUCCACUCUAAUUGAAAAUAGAAAAGCAUGGGAGAAUAAAAAGUUCAGAAUCUUCAUCGGGCUGAUCCUGAUUUUGAUGGUAAGAUGCAAUGCAUUAAAACAAAAAUAAAUAUGUACUAACAUUCCCAAAUUUUCCCAAAAUUGCAGGUGUUUUAUGUGGGCAGGGUGGUGCUUUACAAGAGGACAUCACCAAGGACAGUUCUGGCAGUAAUAUGGUGGACAACAACUCUGUUGAGGGGAAGAGAAACAUGGGAUGAGGGGUGCAUAUUCUGCAAGGAUCUGAAGGAGUAGAAUUUUUGAUAUAUAUAUAUAUAUAGUAUGAUUAUGAAUCUUUUGAAUGCAUUUUGAAACAUAUUAAGUGAUUUUGUGAGAUAUUUGAUAGGAUUUGAUUUCGAAAUUGGAGGCAAAAAGUGACAUGCUAGCCUCAAUAAAGAUUGGCAUGGUCAUUUUGAUUGAAGAAGCCCCAAAUGAUGUUCGAGGGAAAGUAAGAGUGGAGAAGAUUUUGGAAGCAACAAAUAUACCCAUUGGAUUAGCACAAACACAAGAUGAGGGGCAAAGUGAGACGCCGAGACACCUAAGUGAAGAUAUGAACGCGGAUGAAGUGUUCUGGUCUGAUCAGAACAAUUUAGAUGCAUUAGUUGAAGCUGAAAAUGAUGGUUUCAAAAAGACUCAUUCUAAAUGUGUGCUUGAAAGCAUUCCCAGUUCCAGCUUAUGAUUUACGCAGCCUGAACUAGAGCAAGAUGAGGGGAGGUUGAUCAUAACUCAGGUGCACAAGAGCAAUGAGCAGGUACACUUACAGGCUAAACUUAUAGGUUAAUGACAUACAGUGGAUUAAUUAUGUACAUUAGUAUUGGUUAAAGUGUGUGCAUUUAUUAGUGUGCAUAUAGUUGAUUAAUAACAUACAUUAUCAUUUGUGAUAGGUUAAUGGAGGUGAAGCAGGUACAUUAUGACCCCUUCUUAGUGUGUGAAGAAUUGUAAUACUCACUGUACUGGUUUUUUUUACAAAUUUUCAAUGCGCAGUUGCACAAUGACACAAUUGAUGAUAAAAACUGAAGAAAUCACAAAGCAUCAAUUGCUCUAAAACCGCCUUUCAUUAGUAGGACAGUGGACCCAAAUGUAGCAUGGACGGUGGUUGAGAAGGCAGUCGCUGCAUGGAUAGUAUUCUCUGCAAAUGGGGAUGCAUAAGUUUAAACUAAUUCUUAAUUUGUACAAGUGACGUUGAUUUGGUGACAUGUGAAACACUCAUGUAUUGAAAAUAAUAUUUGAAAAUUAAUGCAAAUUUGAACAAUAAGUGCAGUGAGGAGGUUGUUUUUAAAUUCAAGGACUUUUGUGUGGCAAGAUCAAAUUUCAGAUGCAUGAAAGGGAGUGGACAUAUUGAGAGUAUCGUUUUAAGGACUUGGGCCACCGUACUUAAUAGAAGGGAAGAAGAGAGGAGUGCGGAUUCACCAUGCAGGCUGUUCACAAAGCCGUUUCCUUGUGUGAGUUCCCUGAUUUUUUUUCAAAACCUUCAACUUAAAGUUUUUCUAACUGUGUAUAUUGUUUUACAAAAACAGCUUUACAAAUCAGAUGCAAUGAAAAUGAAACAAGAGGAAAGGUUUUUACUAUUUGGAGAUGGCAUAGAAGAGGUUAUGAACACAAUGAAAGUUUUUGUUAAUAUAAGUGACAUUGACUUGGUUAGUUUGUUUUUAUGACAUGUGUGUUAGUAUUGCUUCAUGGAAUAGUAUGUGGUGAUUAGACGUUUGUUGUGCAGACAUUUGUCCCAAUAGUGCAGUUGAAUCACAUGUACGUGAUUUGUUUGAAUCUGAAAAACAAAAAAAUGAUAUACUAGAUAGCUCGUCUGCACAAGGAGCAUUACAGGAGAGAUAUGGGCGCAUGCUUGAAGUGAUAAGAGAUAUGCUCCUGAAAUACGUGAAAUAUGAACCAUUAGAGGCAAAGGCUGCAAUGAUGGCAAAUGUGAAACCACAAAGAAUGUUAAUGAAAUGGUUCGGAGGGACGCGAAAAACACCGACGACUUCGGAAUUUACUGCAUGGCCUUUACCCGGUCGGGUAUGAAGUGAAAAACAAAGUUGCUAACAAAAUGCAUUAAUAUCCAGUCGGGUAUGAUAUGAUUUCGAAGCAAAAUACGUGUGGAAGAACACAACAUCGUGGGAAAAAGAUUUGACAAAUACCCGGUCGGGUAUCUAUAAUACUCGGUCGGGUAUCUCAAAUACCCGGUCGGGUAUCUCAAAUACUCGGUCAGGUAUCUGGCAUUGUUGAUGCUAAACACCUAUAAGUAGCACCAUUUUCCUUCACUUUUAAUCAUCCCUUCUUCCAUAUACUUAAGCUCAACUUAGAAUAGUAUUUUCUUUAUAUUUUUCUAGUAUGUUUAGUCUCCAAAUGAGGAGCUAAACUCUUCCAUCUUGGUUUUGCUACAUUGAAGCUUAAUGACUUGUAAGUUGUGAGUUAUUUUCUUUAAUUAUCUUUCUUGAAUAUUAAUUACAUUCCUAUUCUUACUUC